UUUCUUGUUGUUAGGUGCCGUGAGGUUUGACUUCACACAACAGGAAAAGGCAGCGGUUUGUUUUAGUGUUUAACUAAAGUCUUUCUGAUAUUAGAGUUUUCUUAGCGAGUGUCGGACGCAGAGAAGGCAUCAUGGCGCAGUACAAAGGAGCUGCCAGUGAGGCUGGGAGAGCCAUGCAGCUGAUGAAAAAACGAGAAAAGGAGAGAGAGCAGCUCGAACAGCUGAAGCAGAAGAUUGCAGAGGACAACAUGGUCAAGUCCAACAUUGAUAAGAAAUUCUCAGCUCACUAUGAUGCUGUAGAGGCAGAGCUGAAGUCCAGCACAGUUGGUUUGGUGACACUGAAUGAUAUGAAGGCCAAGCAGGAGGCGCUGGUGAAGGAGAGAGAGAAACAGCUGGCCAAGAAGGAGCAGUCUAAGGAGCUCCAGCUCAAACUAGAGAAGCAGAAAGAGAAGAAGAGAAAGGAGGAACAGAAGAGGAAAAUAGCCAGUUUAUCCUUUAAUCCUGAAGAUGAAGAAGACGAUGAAGAGGAGAAUGAGGAAGAAGAGCAGGAUUAUCCUCCAGCUAAGAAGAAACUGGGAAAAAAUCCAGAUGUGGACACAAGUUUCCUUCCUGAUCGAGACAGAGAGGAGGAGGAGAAUCGUCUCAGAGAGGAACUCAGGCAGGAGUGGGAGCUCAAACAGGAGAAGAUUAAGAGCGAGGAGAUUGAGAUUACAUUCAGCUACUGGGAUGGCUCUGGACACCGUAAGACGGUCAAGAUGAAGAAGGGUAAUACCAUCCAGAACUUCCUGCAGAGGGCACUGGAAGUCCUCCGGAAAGACUUCAGUGAGCUCAGGUCUGCUGGGGUAGAGCAGCUGAUGUACAUCAAAGAGGAUCUGAUAAUCCCUCAUCACCACAGUUUUUACGACUUCAUUGUGACGAAGGCCAGAGGCAAAUCUGGCCCUCUUUUCAGCUUUGACGUUCACGAUGAUAUUCGACUUGUGAACGACGCCACUGUAGAGAAAGAUGAGUCUCAUGCAGGUAAAGUGGUGCUGAGGAGCUGGUAUGAGAAGAACAAGCACAUCUUCCCCGCGAGUCGCUGGGAGCCGUACGAUCCUGAGAAGAAAUGGGACAAAUACACAAUCCGGUGAAACCGCUGUCUUCUCCAGGGUCUGCAGUCCGUGAUGCAAACUUCUUGUUCUUAAUUUCCAUCUUAUUUUACUGCACCGUAGUCCACCAGUGCUUUAUCAGGAUUUGAUAAAUAGUGAUUCGCGAUUUCACUUGGUGUUCGAAAUACUAGUUUUCCCAAAUGUAUUUGAUUUUUUUUAAUGCUGCGUUUCCUGUGAAAACGACCCCACGUUCAUAUGUAUAUAGCUCGCAAAUAUGUCGUUUCAUCUGCGUUUAAUAAAACAAACCUGGCUACCA